GGCGCAACGUACGCGUGUGGGUUUUACGAGUCGUCUCUCGCACGGUCUGCAAGACGUUCUUUCUCGUUUCAUUCGCGACUGUCAAUCGUCCAUCACCAGUGAUUAAUAUCAAUCCUCGAGGCCGUACGUGAAAUUCGAUUGGAGCACGGAAAGGAUCGCGUUUGUCUGAGACAUUGCGAAAAAAAUUGCACGGAAUCGGCGUCGUUGAGCGAAAUCGGAACGAGGCUGGCGACGAGGGACCUGGCGAGAGGCGCGCAAAACCCGUGGGUCGGUUAAAGGAGAGGGGGCUAAGAAAAGGCGGGAAAGGACAGAGACAAGCGCGAAGACGGUUACCACGAGAGGAACGUGAUCAUCGAACGCACCGGAAAUCCGAACGUGCCCGAGAUUCUUCGAUUGUCCUUGAAUCGUCUCGGGAUUACAGCAACGACGAACAUGUCACACCAUCCUGCCGUGCUGCAGCCACGUUGCGCCCGGCCGGAAACGCGCAAGGGCUUUUCCAUGACUCAACAACUGUCCUACCGAUCGCCGAUUUGAAAAUGCUGGGCCCCGGUGGUCCGAUCGGCUGCGGUGCAUUUUCGAAUCGCGUUACGGGACACUGGUUCCGCUCGUGGAUAGGUCGCUAGUGGUCAGUGGUCCGGGGACUAUUUUAUCUGUGAACAGUGGUGCGUCCCGUGGAUGUGAGAAGAGCAGUGAAUUUCAGUUUCGUCGAGACGGAUAUAUACAUACGCACGUGGAUCGCAAGAUGAUGCUUCUUCGGAUGGUGUUGAUGGUGCUCUUCUCUGUGUUGGCUACGGGAGCACCGCGGUCCUCGGUCAUCUACGCGGACGACAAAGUGCAAAAUUAUCUCAUGAAAUUUGGAUACCUACCCCAGUCAGAUUUAGAAACAGGAAACCUUAGAACGGACGACCAGCUCAGGAGCGCCAUCAAACAUUUACAGAGAUAUGGUGGUAUUCCUGUAACUGGUGAAAUCGACGAAGCUACGACGAAAUUGUUGAAGCUUCCGCGUUGCGGACUUCCGGAUCAACCGGAUCCCAGGUACACGAGGAUGAGGCACAAGCGUUACACGGUCCAUGGGCAGCAGUGGCCACAUUGGAAUCUCACCUGGAGCCUGAGAACCGAGCAACCGAGUGGUCUCGACACUGGUGGCGUUCGGCUCGAACUGAGCAAAGCCCUUGGUCUAUGGGCGAGGAACUCGAAACUCACUUUCCAGGAAGUUAACAGCGAUCGAGCUGACAUUCUGGUGUACUUCCAUCGUGGUUAUCACGGUGAUGGAUAUCCUUUCGAUGGUAGAGGCCAGAUCCUGGCGCACGCCUUCUUUCCUGGGAGAGAUCGCGGAGGAGACGUUCAUUUCGACGAAGAAGAAAUAUGGCUGCUGCAGGACGACAGCAACGAAGACGGGACCAGCCUUUUCGCGGUGGCCGCUCAUGAAUUUGGCCACUCUCUUGGCUUGGCGCACAGCUCGGUUCCUGGAGCGCUCAUGUAUCCGUGGUAUCAAGGAUUGAGCUCUAAUUACGAGCUACCGGAGGACGACCGAAACGGGAUUCAGCAGAUGUACGGUGCUCCCGAGGAGAAACUUUGGGCCAACAUACCAGGUGGGCCGUCGCCUCCGUUCCGUCCUACAACGCAGAGGACAACGACGACAAGCGUCGGGACGACCUACAGGCCGUGGAGAACACGACCGACCCACAGGCCGUGGAGAACACAACCGACCAGACCGAAUCACUAUCCAAACGACGACCGACCCCGACGCCCUGAUCGUUACCCUCAAAAGCCGGAUUACAGAACGGAGAGGCCGGAGGAUCGACCUCAGAGGCCUCACAAGCCUCACAGACAUCACACAACAUCGACCACCACUACGACCACCACCACCACCACCACCAUGAGGACGAUAACAAACACCCAGAGGCCGAGGCAUCGAUGGCCACCGACACCCAGGACCGACGUCCCGGAUAAAUGUGACACCAGCUACGACGCCAUUAGCAUUAUUCGCAGGGAGAUCUUCGUGUUCAAAGGACGGUACCUGUGGAGGAUCGGCGACCAAGGAUUAUACGAGGGAUACCCAGCGGAAAUUACGCGUUUGUUCAAUCUACCUGAGGAAAUCGAUCACGUAGACGCCGUUUACGAGAGGCCUGAUAAGAAAAUAGUUUUCUUCAUCGGCAAAAUGUACUACGUUUUCAACGCCAUCAAUCUCGAGCCUGGUUACCCGAGACCAUUGACGAUAUUGGGACUUCCGGAGUCAUUGGAGAAGAUCGACGGCGCGAUGAUCUGGGGACACAAUGGGAAAACCUACUUCUUCAGUGGAUCCAUGUAUUGGAGGUUCGACGAAUCCGUAAACUACGUAGAACUGGAUUAUCCAAGAGAUAUAAGUAUGUUUGCUGGAGUGGGGAAUGAUAUCGAUGCUGUUUUCCAAGGGAAGAAUGGCAAAACGUAUUUCUUCAAAGGAAAGGGCUUCUGGGAAUUCGAUGAUUUGAGGAUGAAAGUCGCCCACGAGAAACAAAAAUUAUCGGCGCCCGCCUGGAUGGGCUGCCCCCGAGAGUUGGAGACCAACGACGUCGAGAAUUAUCCAAGGAAAUCAAAAAUCAUGGCCUCGAGCGACGCGUCGACACUUCCAACAAUUUCUCUCGGGUUAUUUUUUAUAGCAUAUUUUAGAAAAUAUUUGUAAACUGUGAUAUUUAUGUAAAGCCGCGUACAAGUACGAACGCGUACACGUUCCGAUUUGCACGCGACUAAAUUUUAACGCACUUCCCUUAUACUGACUAUGUAUAAUUAAAGUAAUUUUAAUAAAGUAAUUUUUAAAUAA